GCAAGAACUUCCACACCUAGCAGCCAAGACUGCCCCUGGCCUGGGCCAUGUACCCCAACCCUCUCAUCUACUGCACUUGCUGGGAUCCCUGGAACUCAGGGCCACGGAAACUAAUCAAGACCCCACAGCCCCCGGGCAAGACCUCAGUAGGGAGGUCCAAGCUAACGCCCCUCACACCAGCUUCAAAAGAACACAAUUACCUCCAAUCUCAACCAACAGCAAAACCUGUUACUACCCCAAAAGUGAAAGCCCAAUUAGGAAAGCAAGAAGAGAGCAGUAAAUCACCUUCCGAAGUGAUCAAUGUGUCACCUGGCUAUCAACUUGUUCGCAAUCGUGAGCAGAUUUUGGUCACCUUAGGGGAUGAGAUGUUCAAUAGGAAAAAGAAGGUGGAAUUUGAUAUCUUGGACACAGUCAGAUUUUCCAGGACCGGUAUUAUUUCUGACCUAGAGGAGCAAAUCUCACAGCUGACAGCAAUAAUAGAACAAAUGAACAGAGACCACCAGUCUGCCCAGAAAUUGCUCUCCAAUGAAAUGGACCUCCGCUGUGCUGAGAUGAAACAGAACUAUGAGAACAUGAACAGGGAGCUCUCAAAGGCUCACAAAUUGGAGCUUGGUGAGUUAGAGAACAAAUACAAGGAAGCCUUGAAGGCAGAGAAGUCAGCUGCGCAAGAGAAACUAGAGGAGCUAGGAAAGGAAUAUAAGUAUCUGAAGAAUAUGUUUCAUAUGUAUCAGGACAGCAUUUAUGACAAAAUGGAAGACACAUGGACAAAGCGGAAGGCAGAAUGGGAGAAGGAUGAGAAGUUGGAGCGGGAAAAGAUCCUGCUCCAACAAAAACAUAGGAUAGCAAAAAAGUUUGAGAUAGAAUCAGAAGAAGAAAAGAGGAAAAUAAAUGCAUCCUACUGUGCUGUCUUUGAGAACUUCAUCCGUGAAAAGGAGGUAACUCAGCCCAAAGCUCGUCAGUGUUGA